AAAUACAGUUAUCAACCAAUCAGAUUGGUACACGGAGAUCUACACUCUUCACAAUCCGUCCUGCAGUUUACACAGACACAACAAAUACUUUAAUUAAGCCAACAUUUAAUGUUAAUUAAUUAUAAUUAAUUCGUUAAAAUGGCAGUCAGUAAAUAAUUUAAUUUAUCAGUUAGUCGUAUCAAAGUGUAAAAUGAGUGAAAUAUUUCGAGAAAAGUUGAGAAAUGCGUCUAAAUUAUCGGAGGAGCGGAGGAAAAAAGAAAUCGGAGAGAGUAAAAUUCAAAAGCAAGAUGAAUACGACAAUAUGUUUAAGGACGAAUAUCUCCGCCUAACUGGUAAAAAUGAGAAACUAACUGGAACCUACUCCGUGAUCCCUCCUUUCUAUAAACCUCUUCCUAAGGAGGAGGACGUUUUACAGCAGAAACUCAGAGAGGAGGCAAGAGCGCAUUUUUUACAACGAAGAUCCCGCCAACUUCUUGAUAACACGGAGCUCAAGGAACUCUGGGUCAUCCUGGAUACACAUACCACUCCCCCACCCUCGGGAGAGGAGCAGAUGAUGGACUACAAUCAGUACAAGGUCGUCUCCGGGCUUGUCGGAGAAAAAUGCAGGGUAUACUUGACUCCGACCUUGUUUGCUAAGCUUCAACAGGGGGAUAGGAUGGGACGAAUAUCAAUCAUGGCUCUGUUUAACUAUAUCAUGCGUAAGGUUUGGUUGCAUCAGACCAGGAUAGGUUUGAGUUUGUAUGAUGUUACAGGACUUGGGUUUCUCCGGGAGUCUGAUCUGGAAAAUUAUAUUCUUGAAUUGAUUGAAACAUUACCUCAGCUGGACGGAUUGGAGAAAUCAUUCCAUUCAUUUUAUGUCUGCACUGCAGUCAGGAAGUUUUUCUUCUUUCUAGAUCCGCUGAGAACAGGAAAGAUAAAGAUUCAGGACGUUCUCGCCUGCUCUUUCCUUGAUGAUCUUCUUGAACUUCGAGAUAAUGAACUACCAAAGGAUGCUCAGGACGCAAACUGGUUCUCAGCACCCUCCUCACUUCGUGUAUAUGGACAGUACCUCAACCUGGAUACGGAUCAUAAUGGAAUGCUAAAUCAAACUGAACUAAGAAAAUAUGGAACAGGAACACUAACACCAGUCUUUGUGGAACGCGUUUUCCAGGUGUGUCUGACCUAUGAAGGAGAAAUGGAUUAUAAAACCUACCUUGAUUUUGUGCUUGCAAUGGAGAACAAGAAAGAACCACAAUCUCUACAGUAUCUGUUCCGUAUCCUGGAUAUCCGACAUGACGGGUUCCUCUGCCUCUUCUCUCUCAAUUAUUUCUUUCGCGCAAUUCAGGAGGAGAUGAAGAAACAUAACCAGGAUCCGGUCAGUUUCGAGGAUGUCAAGGACGAGAUAUUCGACAUGGUUAAACCUGAAGAUCCGCUCAAGAUCACCCUCGCAGACAUGAUCCGUAGUGAGCAGGGGGACACCGUGGUGAGCAUACUCACAGACCUCAACGGGUUCUGGAGUUAUGAGAACAGGGAGGUUCUCGUUGUUGACUCCGGAGAUAAUGAUGAUUCUUGACAGGACGAGGAGAUCAUAAUCUAAUCUCGAGAGAAAACAAAUCUAUCCAACUUGAUCUCAAUGUAACUAUUCUUAACUACAUAUUUCAAAUUUCAGAA